UUUAGCACGUACGAAAUGCGUGUGGAGAGGGACUGGUGUGGGGCAGCAAACCUCCCAAGAGGAUAUCUAUCUUCCUACUCGCAAGAGAACGAGCGAACGACAGAGAGAGCAGCAGAUACGAUGCCUAUCACAGCAGCAGCAGUGGCAGCCAUAGGAGCCUCAGGACCAGGAGGAGUCAUCUUAUGCUCGUCUCGUAUCAUCCUCAGCCACCGUGUCCGCCUCAUCUCCUCAUUCUCCUCCCUUCCUCCUCCAACAGCAUCCUCACCGUCCCUUCCCAGGCCCACCACCACCUUCUUCCUCAACCGUUCAUCCCAUCCCAGACUCAUCUUCGUCGCCAAUGCCGUCGAUUCGACCCAACCUUCAACUGCACCUUCGACUGCCCCAGGCAAGACGAUCGUGUCGGAUGAGGAGUUCUCCCUCGCCAAGGUCUCAUUUGGUGUUAUUGGACUAGGUGUUGGUGUUACACUUCUCUCAUAUGGAUUUGGAGCAUAUUUCAAUAUUCUCCCUGGAUCUGAAUGGUCUGCAAUAAUGUUAACUUAUGGCUUUCCUCUUGCAAUAAUUGGCAUGGCUCUUAAGUAUGCAGAGCUCAAACCAGUGCCGUGCAUAACCUACUCUGAUGCUCAGAUGUUGAGGGAAACGUGUGCCACUCCUAUUCUUAAGCAGGUCAGAAAUGAUGUUAUAAGAUUUCGAUAUGGAGAUGAACAACAUUUGGACGAGGCCUUAAAACGGAUAUUCCAAUAUGGUCAGGGUGGAGGAAUUCCACGGAGAAGUGCACCUAUUCUGAAAAUGAUCCGUGAGGAAGUCACUGAACAAGGAAAGUACUGCUUAGUCCUUGUGUUUGAGGCAAAAGCAUUGCAGUUAUCAGAUUUUGAACAAAGACAGGCGAAGUUUGCUUCGUUCUUUGGACCUGGAAUCACUGCAGAAAUUGCAAAAGGCGAGAACAGUCUCUAUGAAGUCCGUCUUAUCUCCAACACAACCUCACAGCCAAGUGUAUGAUACCACCAUAUCGUACUACACAUGAUUAAUUUCUUCAUCAUUUGACUACUGGCCUGCUGCUCACGACAGUAUCCCCUCUGUAAAAUUCAUAUGUAUAAUAUGCAAAAUCAAAUGGAGAGCCAAUGAAUGGACUUCAAAGCUGAGUAUUGAAAAGGUAUAAUGAUGGUGACCUUUCUUGUUA